UUCUCUUUGACGCCAGCAUACAAGGAGUUAAAGAGAAGACUGUAAUCUUGUUUCUGGGCGGCAGCACGGUUGGCCAUUGUAAAGAUCAGGGUUCGUUUCAGAUCUGCGCCGCAGCUAUGGCGUUUUCACUGGCGCACGCUGGUGUGCUGAACCUACAAGCUUUGGCAUUCUCUCCUGCCUCUUGUACCACCUCUCAGAAUGCUGUGAGGUCCUCAACAGGAGUUGCGCCAGCUUUCAUGAAGCAGCGCGCGCCAUUCAUGUUUAACUCAAGGAGACGUUGCGCUUCGAUCGUGGCAGCAGCAGAUGGCAACUCCAGCUAUCGGGACUUAGAAACCGUGUCGGCUGGAAGUACAGAAGAAAUUAGCGAAGAGGUGCUUGGGGGCGAGAUUUUCAGGCCGAUGCAGGAUCUUCAAGAGUCUGGCAUCCUUGACCUUGUGGACCAACGAGGCAACGACACAUCGCUGGCCAGGCAGCGCUACUCUCCAGACACGGAGACCGCCAUCAAUGACUCAAUCAAUGUUGCAUAUACGCUCAGCUAUGCAUUCCACAGCAUGGCGGCCUUCUUCGAUCGGGACAACAUCGCGCUUCAGAACGUCGCCAAGUACUUUUAUGACCGAAGCAAAUACGAGCUGGAUGACGCGCUCAAGCUGACGGACUACCAGAAUCGGAGGGGAGGACGAGUGCAGCUGCUGCCGCUGCAGGCGCCCUUCAGCGAGUUCGACGAUCCCGAGAAGGGGGACGCGCUCAACACGUUUGAGCUGGCGCUUGGCUUGGAGAAGAUCCAGAACGAAAAGUACCUUGCACUGCAGGCGGCGAUUGCGGAGGUCGGCGAUCCCCAAGCGGACGACUACGUGAAGAGCACAUACUUGCAUCCCCAGAUUGAGAAGUUGAAGCGGACUGCCGAGCAGGUGCGACAGCUCAGGCGGGUUGGAAAGGGUUACGGUGUGUGGCAUUUCGACCAAGAAUUAGAGGGCGGGGAGGAGAUUCCAGAGCCUGUAGCUUAGACGACCAUUCGUUCCUUGUAUACCCUUUACAAUCGCUGCCCCAUUGAGCGGAGGUGUAGUGUACCUAAGAAUGGCAAUAGCGGGUAGAAGCCUGCUCUGAGCUUGUUCCAUUUUGAUAUUGUUCUUCAAGGUUAUGCAGCACGCAACGGUCAAUCCGAAUCUGAUCCCGAGUCCAGUACCUCGCUGCUAUUUUGUAUUUUGUUCAGCCAACGCUUACUUCUGAGCUGAUGUCGCGAUAGGUCGCUUUGUCACU